AUGAAGAGAAAUGUAAAAUUGAGUUUAAGUAAUAAAAGGUUGAUUAGAAAUUGUAAAGUUUUAAUUGAACAUGUAAAUAAUACUGUUAGAGGAGAAAUGGUGAUAUAGAGAGAGAAAGAGAAGUAGAGAUAGUAGAUGAGGAAUUAUUAGAAAUUGGAGUAUUAAUAAGAUACUCUGAAUUUGAAUCUAAUAAAGUGUAUGAAUUAGUUGAUUAAUAUAAGGUUUGAUAUUUAUGGGAUUUGUGAAAUAAGUUCGAGAUUGAAUAAUUGUGAUAUUGUUAUUUUAGUAUGCUUGUAUGAGUUAAAUUUUUUAUGA